AUUACGCAGUCGAUGAAAUCAUCCAUACCGGUCCUUUGUUCAUAAUAUUGGAGCCAUAUCACCUACCCUUUCGAGAACAGUACUAUCUACGUGUGGAUAUUGUUUAAGCGAUAGGACGAUAUAACGGAAGAAACAAUUCAUAUCGAUAUCUUCAUAAAAAAAAAGACUUUCUGUGCCUUUGCCCUGUAAAUGUCACAUAUAAAGAGACAUUCUUUGCCUUUAAGUCCUAAAAUGUCACAUAUUAUGUGGAAGCACUUCAAGAAGGUGGACGAAAAAACUGUCUCCUGCAAUUUGUGCCAUAAGCACAUACAGUUUCAAAACGUGUUAUAUAAUAAACCAAUUACGUUAAUAGCCACCAUGACGCGACAUUAUAGAUCCCAUAGAGCUUCUGAAGACAACAGUACAUACAAGGUCAAAAGACCCAAAAAAGAGGCAAAGACAGAGAAAAGCCAUUGGUCAACAGGUGGUAAUCCUAAUACUCCCCAUGCUGAUGCUGAUACAUUUCUAAAAAACCGAAGAAAUGUUCCAAGAAAAAAUUAUAAGUCAAAGAUGAACCUUUUGUAAAAAUGGAUAGACUACUUGCAAUUCUUGAGAGGAAAUCUAGUUCUAAUGAUGAUCACUAUGCCAAGAUAACGGAUACUAUUCUUUACUUCAUGUGCAUCCAUUAUCAAUCAUAUAAUAUUAUUCAAUGCGAAAAAUUUAAACAUUUGAUAAAAGAACUGAUGCCUCAUUACAAAAUUCCUGAUGAAGAUGCAAUUAUAAGAAAAUUAGAUGAGAAAUAUGAUAAGGAAAGUAAGAUCUUCAAAAAAACACUGAAUGAAACUUUACAUGUCACUAUCAGUAUAGAUUCCUGGUCUGAAGUAGCAUCAUUUGAAAGCUUCUUAAGUGUCACAGUGCAUUUCAUAGCAAGUGAAACAAGAAAAUUGAAAUCGAAAAAUAUUGAGAUGAUCAAAUUAUCUGAACAACACUCUGUCAAUUGCAUUGUACUUGCUCUUGAGAAUAUUCUGCUAAAUUGGUGCAUUGAUAUUGAUAAAGUUGCAGCAGUUGUGACUAAUGACGAAUCUAAUAUAGUCAAGGCUGCUAAAAAGAUUUUUCAUCAGGACAAGCAUAUAAUCUGUUUCGCUCACACUAUCAAUUUAGUGGCAGAAAACUUUGUGAAAAACUACGAAAGUCUCAGUAAUAUUAUUAACAAAGCGAGAUUGGUUGUAAAGUUUAUAAAAAAUAGCAAUGAUAACAAAUUGCAUUGCUGUCAAGUUGACUCUGGUAUAUCUAAAACUAAAUUAAAGAAUCUAGUUCUUGAUGUCAACAAUAAAUGGGACAGCAUGUUUUACAUGUUGGAAGGAUUUGUCGAAUUAUGGAACGAUAUCAAUAAUGUCUUAUUCAGAGAAGGUUUAACUCCCGAGAUGCCGACCGAAGCUGAAGUUAUCGUAUUGAAGGAUUUCGUUGAUUUAUUGAAACCUCUGGCAUUCAUAGCGCGAGAAUGUUUGACUGAAAAUUAUCUCAUAAUAUCGAAGGUAAUGCCACUUAUUAAUUGCGCCAUAAAUGAAUACUUAAACAUGGAACUAAAGACAGAGCUGUCGAAGAAGUUGAAAGAAAGCAUUCUGACAGAUUUACAAAGAAGCUUCGAGCAUAUCGAAUUUACGGAUUCAAUAGCUAUUGCUACCAUACUGGAUCCCCGCUUUAAGAACUUACAUUUUCAGAAUAAAAAGGCUGAAAACAAUGCUAUAUAUAAAUUGUAUGAAAUGAUACGCAAAUUAUCCCGUUUGUCUCAUGAAUCUAAUACUGAACAGAAAGAAAUCAAAUACAAUCUUUGGACUCAUCAUGAAGUUUUGGCGCUUAAACACGAAGACGAGUUAUCUUCGUACCUAACUAGCAAAGUUUCCUCGAAGAACGACGAUCCCUUAGAGAAAUGGGAGAGUAUGAAGACACAAUAUCCCUCAUUGUACACAAUAGCGCAAAAAUACUUCUCAAUCGUAAGCAUAUCAGUUCCAAGUGAAAGGUUGUUUUCGAAGACGAUGAUCCAAUCGAGAAAUCAAUUAACCGAACCAAAAAUAUUAAACAAAAUAUCAUUCUUGACUUCUACAGAUUAAGAAUAUUGAUUUUCAUAAAUCAUGAAAAUUAAUUUAAUGCAUGUUAUUAUUAAUGACGACGCUUUUACUAAAGCCAAUUAUCUAUCCUAUAUAUUUUAUUAUACUAUUUCAUCUAAUUAUAUUCUAUUUUUAUGGCAUAUAAGAGAAUAUCCUUCUGUUACAAAAAAUAAUCCAUUCUUUUAUUUAUUA